GCUCGAAGCUUCGAGAUUCCGGACUGCGCUCCAAAGUUCGUUUUGGGGGGGAAAGGCCCUCGACUCCCAGGCAGAUGUCUGACGUGGUAGACCUCCUGGAGGACUCCCCUGCGCCGUCUCCGCCGGAAGCGCCACUUCCGCCCACAGAGGCGCAGCUGCAGCAGGUGAUCAAGUCUCUGCUCCUCGGCAAAGACCUGAGCACCAUCUCGCUGAAGGCGCUGCGCCUGGACGUGGAGAAGAGCCUGCAGCUGCCCGCCGGGGGCCUGGACGCGCGGAAGCAGGAGAUCCGGCAGCUGGCGCAGGACCUGGUCCUGGAGGCGCAAAAUGCGCCGCAGCAGGAGCCGGCGGAGCCCGCGGCCAAGAAGCGAAGGACCUUGGCCCAGGCGCCGGAUGCUGCCCCGGCAUCCCCGGUGAAGACCAAGGCGCCCAAGCGCAAGAAUGCCCCCAGCGCCUAUUCCUUGUGGGCCCUCGAGCACCGGGCGACGGUGGUCGAGGACUUAGAGAAGGAGCUGCAGCGCAAGCCCACCUUCGGGGAGAUCAGCAAGGCCGUGCCGGAGCGCUGGAAGGCCGUGGACGAGGCUGAGAAGGCCCUCUAUGAGCAGAAGGCCAAAGUGGCCAAGGACGAGCCCCGGGAGGAGAAGCCGAAGCCCAAGGCCCCGAAGCCCAAGGCGGAAGGCAAAAAGGGCAAAGGCAAGGGCAAGGGCAAGAAGGACGAGGACGCACCCAGCCGCUCGGACUUCUUCCGGGCCAGCCCUGUGAUCCAUUGCGCCUUGAAAGUGCCUGGCGAGGCACAGGUGGAGCUGCCCGCAAUGGACUUGGUUGCCAGGAUGUUCAAGUCCCAGGGCGUGGGCUGGUUCUCCUCCGUGAAGUUCCAGUUGCCCGUUGGCUCCCGCGAGGUCACGGUGCAGGCGCAGAUGGUGAUGAACGUAGCGGGGUCCAAGCACUGGGAGGAUGGCGAAGGCCUGGAGGAGGCUCUCAAGCGAUUGGAGGCUCAGGCGGGUGCGUGUGAGCCGACGGCUCCAACUCCCACGGAGGACUCAGCCCGGCCAGCAGCUGAGAAUGGUGCUGCAGGCAAUCACGACGCUGAACAUGAUGUCGCUCCAGAUGGCGCAGCUGGCAAUGAUGAAGCUGCCGAUGGUGCUGCUGCGGAAGCAGCCAGCAGCGUGCCGGAGGAUGGCAUGGCUCCGGAUGCUGGCCAUGGCAGCACAGAGGAUGCCUCAGCGGAUGCAGGCAACGGCACCGAGGCUUCUGCUGACGUUGGCCAAGCUGACGUUGCUGGCACUGAAAGCGCAGCGGAUGAUCGUGGCGCUGCAGCUGAAGAUGACAUGUCCGCGGACAAGAAUGGAAAUGCAGUGGAGGAUGCUGCCUGUGCAGCUGACGCAGCUGUUGACGAAGAUGCGGCUGCGGAGGACGCUGCCGGUGCGGCUGACACAGCUGUUGAUGACGAUGCAGCUGCGGAGGACGCUGCCUGUGCGGCUGGCGCAGCUGUUGACGACAAUGCAGCUGCGGAGGACGCUGCCUGUGCGGCUGACGCAGCUGUUGACGACAAUGCAGCUGCUGAGGACGCUGCCUGUGCGAUUGACGCAGUCGUUGGCGACAAUGCAGCAGCUGUUGACGAUGCAGCGGCUGAAGAGACUGCGGCUGAGGACAGCGCAGAGAAAGGUGGAGAUCCAGUAGAGGUGGCUGCGGGAACAAGUCCGGAUGUGGAUAUGCUGCCAGCAUCGGAGGAGACUGCAGGCGGUGAGAAUGCCGGAGCGGCAGAGUGAGGAUCUAUGCUCAAGCUGGGGCCCGGACCUUCGGUUCGCUCGCGGGGUGCGAGCGGAAUCUUUGGAUUCGCACGCUGGUCCCUUGGAGAGGCACGGCUUGGCCGAGCCUUUGUGCUGAGCAUCUCCUUCAGCUUGGCCGUGUGCAUGGGGGAAUGCACCCGCGACACGUUGGGGUUGUCCGUUGAAUGUCCGGC